AUGGAGCUGCCAUCGACAGAGGGCAUGCAGGUGCAUAGCGGGUUCGACGACUGCGUGGGCAACACGCCACUCAUUCUGCUGUCGUCGCUCUCCCACGCCACUUCCUGUCUCAUCUAUGGUAAGGCUGAGUUCAUGAGCCCUGGGGGCAGCGUGAAAGAUCGCGCCGCUCUCUACAUGAUCAACGCUGCCGAACGCGACGGCCACUUGACCAAAGGAGAUUGGCUUGUAGAGGCGACGGCCGGCAACACUGGCAUUGGUCUGGUGCACAUCGCCAACCAGCGGGGAUACAAGUGCCUAUUUACCUGUUCUGCGGCGACUUCGGAGGAGAAGAUCCGAUACCUCCAGACCCUGGGCGCUGAGGUCACCCUGAUCACUUCCAAAAUAUGGCGAAGAGACUCGCGGAGGAGCGAGCCCGCUCACGUCCACUUUCACUUUGAUUUAGAAAUCUGGCGCGACACUGCCGGACGGGUCGACGGCAUUGCCCUCGCGGCGGGCACGGGUGGCACCAUUGCAGGCACCUCGCGCUACCUCAAGGUGAGUGGAACGAUCCGCAUUGAUGCACUCAUGAUCGUGCAACGAUGGUCGAUGACUGACAGAGAUGCGCCUGGUGGUGACGAGCAGGAGCGAAACAAGGCGGUCCGGGUGGCACUUAUUGACGUCCCUGGGUCGGGUAUUCUCGCUGAACGCAAGCCCGAUGAGCCGCUACUCGUUCUGCGGCAGAAGACGGAGGAGGAGAAGGCCAAGAGUGGCUCCUCGGUGAUGGAGGGCAUCGGGAGUUCGCUGCUGUAUGCCAACCUGGCGCAGGCGCAGCUGGACGACGUGCUGCACGCCGAUGAAGAUGCAACGGCCAUUGAAAUGGCUCACUACAUGCUCCGCAAGGAAGGCAUUUUCCUCGGAUCGUCGGGUGCGUUGAACUGUGUGGCUGCGUACCUUCUGGCCAAGAAGCUGGGGCCGGGCCACUGCGUGGUCACCUUCCUCUGCGACAGCGGGUCGCGCUACGAGUCCAAGAUCUACAACCCGGCCUGGCUCAAGGAGAAAAACAUCACCAUCGGUCCUGCCGAAGACCUCUCCUUCCUGCGGCACAUCGAAGAGCUCAACGGCAUCCCUCCCGCUUGA